GUUGUUUUUUUCUUGUCUCUUCUAUUAGGGUUUCUACUUUACUCAAAACAAGAUGCACACCAUCUCGAAGUAGACCCACUCGAUCUACCCAUCUCUGCUCUCGACAAUCCUCAGUAUUUUAAUGUCGUACUAAAUCGCUUUGAACAAGCAUUUGUUACGCUCGAGAGUUACAACUCCCAUUUUCUUUUUGUAAAAGAUCAAGUUGAACAGCUGACUACAUUAGUAUCACCAGCCUCGGAGGAUCAACGAAGGUCUGGUCACUAUUCUUUCUUCAUCCGAUCAAUUCACAAAUAGAAAUAAUUAAACUCUCAGGGAGCAACAGACAGGUAGAGGCUGAGUUAAAAAGAAAAAGAGGGAUAUAUGUGUGUGUGUGGAGAAAAGAGAGAGAAAAAGACAGUGGGUGAAAGAGUGGCCAAGAAAGAGAGUGGGCACAUGCUGAUAGCGAAACUGGGAAAGAAACAAUGGGCGAACUGGUUGGAUAGAAGCUGAGUGACCACUAUACUGCGGGUAUUGGUCAAUGUAAUUAGAUUACAAAAGAAAAAAGUUAUAAGAAAUAAAACAAGACAAAAAAAAAAAUGUAAGAGAAAACCACUUUACUGAAACACGAAAAAGAGUAAGCGAAAGAGCAAUAAGAGGAGUAGUGCAAAGGAAGAGGGGCAAAAUAAAGCGCAAUGAAUUAAAUAGAAGGAUUGAAAAGAGAAAGAAGAAAAUACAAAAGAGAAGAACACGUAAUGGGUGUGAGAAAAAAGAAAUGAAUGAAAGAGACGUAGAAGAAGAGAAGGGAAGAAAAGUGGAGUGUGUGCGAAAGAACAGGAAAAUAAGGAAGUGAGCUAGAAACGAGAGGGGAAGAGAAAAUGUAAGAAAAGAAAGAAAACGUGAGAGAAAGAGUAAAAGAGAAAGAAAGGAUAUAAUAGAUAAAGUAGAGGUAGGAGAAGUGAGGGGGAAGAGAAAGAGCGAGAGAGAAGUUAACAAAUAAAAAAAUAUGAGGAAGGGUGAGAGGGAAAGUAAAAAAGAAAUAGGUGAAGGUAAGUGAGCAAAGUAGGGGGAAAUGAAUGGAGAAGAGAGAAAAGGUAACUAAGAAAAAGAUAUUAGAAUGAAGUGGAAAGAGAAACGGGGUGGGGGGGUGAUAAGUAAGAGAGGAAUGUAGGUAGAAAGGGAGGGUGAAAAAGAGCGAGUGAGAGAGAAGCCGGAUUGGUCAUUUAAACUCCUGACAGGAGAUGAAAUUUUUACUGAACGAAACAAAAAAAAAGCAUAACGUGAAUGACCUAGAGAGAAGGUAAUAGAGAGAAUAAUACAACGAAAAGUAGAGAGGAGGAGAGACGUGACAAGAGAAUAAGUGCGGAGGAGGAAAAACAAAAAGAGAAAAAAGAAGACUUGUUUACUCACCUUGAUGUAAUCACAAUUUAGCUAUGCAAACAAUGGAUUAUUUCUUGGUUUCACCACAACCCAUUCAACCAUCCACUCACCAAUGCUUUCGUUGCCUUCAAAUCUACCCAAAGGAAAUCCUUUAUUCCCGUAACUGCCCGCACAAACAGAAGUUACCUGUUAGUCAUAGCCAGAUCAAAUAUUGCCGAUUUGCUACUGAGCAACAGCUAUGCAGGGCAAAAGCAAACAUCAACAACCCUCACAAAUUUGGCUAUACCAACAGUGAAGACACAACUGUGACCUUUAAACAGUUAUCCCAAGCUGUUUGUUGUGGAGACAAAGAAACUCUAGAGGAAAUGCUAUAUUCAAAAAGAUUUAGCCACGACAUCAAUCAGAGUGUAAAAAUGUCAUGCCUUCUUGCUUGGGCCAUGUACAAACGUCAGUUCUCUGUUUUCCAUGCAUUAAUGGACUUUCAUGAAAGAUGUGGAAAGCUUUUGAAUUUGGACUCAACGCCUUAUUUCUCCGAGAAAAAUACUCAACCUCUUUUGGUGUAUGCUGCACGGAUGAACUUUAUUCAGGGAGUUCACCGACUCCUGGAAGGUGGUGCUAAUGUUAAUGUGACUGAUAAAGAUAAGCGGACAGCUUUGUGGACAGCAUGCAGUGUGAAAUGUGUAAAAACAGUAGAAUUACUGCUUGAUUAUGGUGCAAAAAUUGAUGCUGCCGACAACGAAGGCAUCAGCCCCUUCAUGGUAUCUGUACGUGCAAUGGAACCAAACUUUGAAAUCAUUAUGAUGCUCAUAAGAAAUGGUAGCAGCUUCAGCAGCCCUGCAUGGUGUCCAUCUGUGUUUUAUUACAUUUUACAGAACACUAAUAAAAUGAUAGUUAACAUGGCUCUGUUAUCCUGCCAGCUUUCACCCGAACAAAUUUACAAAACUGUACUGACAUUCCUGUUAAAUCUGUCUUAUAUUUAUGAACGAGGUUAUACAGAUAUACACUCACUGAAUACAUGUAGGACAAAUCUUCUACACAUGAAAGAAAUGCGCCAAUAUCUCACCGGACUUGGCUACACCACAUCACCUGUGUUGCCUUCACUGCAGUCAUUAUGUCGUAAAACUAUACGACAAACUCUGAAAGAAAACUAUGUCGGUAAACUUGAGGCGGGACUGGAACAACUGGGGCUACCACACACCCUAAAACUGUUUGUUCAGUUGAGAAACAUUUAGAAGAUAUAAUUAUUGCUUACAAGAGAGGAGCAAUGUGACAGAAACAUAAGAACACAGCACAAAAUGGUUUUCAAUAUUUAGCCUUGUCCGUCCAGUUUCUCGGUUCAGAUCCCACAAAUGUAAUUUCAACAUUUAUAAGUUAAAAGCAUAAGGUGGAGAAACAAACUGCAUACAUAUAUUAUUGUAUUUAUCACUAGGUAUACUAAACCAAAUAAAUACAAAGAUUGAUAAAGUAGGUACUUGUAAUA